AUGCAGCCACAAGAAUCCAACGCUGCGUUUGGCGCCUCGCAGUCUUUUAACUACGACCCAGCCGCCUACCAACAGUACACGCAAGAGCGCGCGAUGCAUGACCAGACCGUGCACAACUCCAUGGUUGCCAGCAGCUCUGGCGCCUCCAAGUCUUCGACUUUGUCGGCCCCAACCUCGCACACCAAGGAGCCCGUCACCUCUGCCAGCGCGCGACCCAAAAUUGAGGCCAUCACAUCUCCCACCAGCGUCACCAAGGCCCAGAGCUCAACGUCCUCCUCUACUGCGGUGAAGAUGUCGCCUGCCCGCAAUGAGUCGCUUAAGUCUAAUCGCCUUUGCACCAUGCCGAGCUGCACUAAGCGCGUGCGCUCCAAGGGUCUUUGCAAAGCCCACGGUGGCGGCCGCCGCUGCAUGGUUGACGGCUGUGAGCGCAGCAGUCAGGGCCAAGGUCUCUGCAUCCGCCAUGGCGGUGGCAAACGCUGCACGCAGUCUGGCUGCACGAAGGCUUCGCAGUCCAACGGUCUUUGCAAGGCGCAUGGCGGUGGCCUGCGCUGCCAGAGUCCGGGCUGUACCAAGAGCAGUCAAGGGGGAGGAUUCUGUCGCGCGCACGGCGGUGGCCAGCGUUGCGAGAAGGAAGGAUGCAACAAGGGCGCUCAGCGUGGUGGCUUCUGUGCUGGCCACGGUGGCAGUCGCUUUUGCCAGCACCCGGACUGCACUAAGAAUGAUCGUGGAGGAGGCUUCUGUGCCGAACACGGCGGAGGCAAGCGCUGCGAUCAUGCAGGAUGCAACAAGCCUGCACGCAAGAAGGGCAAGUGUUCUUACCAUGCAAACGCGGCCAAGGGCAAGCUGCCUAAGGACCAAUUAACUACGGCUGGAGUGAGUGGAUCUUCCUUGCCACAGCACAUGAUGGAUAUGCGACAGAUUACCACGCCGACAUUUGCAAUGGGCGUUAAGGAUCUGCGUGACCCGCACGUAGCCGGUCAAGUCGACGCGCAGCGCGCUGCUUACGUACAGCAGCAGCGUAUUGAAAUGGAUAUGCGCUACAAGAGUUACGAAGGUGCCAACGCCGGUCAGUACUUGCAGAUCCAUGCUGAUCAGCGAUCUUACGAGCCCAUUAGCUUGCAGACGGGCGGCGCCACUCGUCACUACGUGUCUGCAGACAACAGCGCUCUGCCACCUGUGUCUGGCAGUAUGUACAAACCUUCCGCUGGAAUGGAUCGUCAGGCAUACGCACUGCGCGGCGCGCAGGAGCAAAUAAAGAACCCGUACUCGCAGCACUGGACAACGAAGCCGGAAAUGUCGCAACACCAUUCGGACGGGAGGAUCGAUUAUUUUGAUGUGAAGGAGCAGCAACAGCUGCCACCGCAGCAGCCUGGCCACCACCACGCGUACUCCGCGCCGUCGUCACAGUACCAUCAUCACCUUAGCGCAGCAGACUCAGCCGCCGCUGCUGCUGCUUAUGGUCAGCAGCAGCACCCUCGUGCAUACUACAACCAGCAGCAGCAGCCAGCAGCAGCUGCCAGUAGCUCCGGUGACCAGCCAGCCCCUCAACAGCAGAAUAUGAUGUAUUACUCGGCGAACGGAUACCCACAGCAUCAGAUGCACAGCAUGCAGCAGCAACAACAGCAGAUGCAGAUGUUAUGA